CAAAGUCAGUGCGCAUGCGCGGGUAUCGUUGGUUCUCCAAGGUUCUGCUGCAGAGAUCCACUUGGUUCCGCUGGGUUCGGUCCUUCUGAGCCCGGUUCUGCUCUGUUCUGCUCGGAGUGGCGCGGGUCCAGAUGCCGGGGUUCCGCAACGAAGAGCCGCAGGUGUCUGAGGGGGUAGGGCCAGGGACCAGGGGACGUGUCCUUGUCACCGGGGCGACGGGGCUUUUGGGGCGGGCCGUAUGUCGACAGCUCCGUGACGACGGCUGGAGCGUCAUAGCAACAGGAUUCAGCCGUGCCCUCCCCGGAACACUGCGCUGCGACCUGACGUGUGAGGAGCAAGUACACCUCAUGCUACAACAGCACAAGCCUCACGUGAUCAUUCACUGUGCCGCUGAACGCCGCCCUGACGUCGUCGAGCGAGCUCCUGACUCUGCUCUCAACCUCAACGUGCACGCCACCGCUGUGCUUUCCAAGGAGGCAGCGGCGUGCGGGGCGUUCCUCCUCUUCAUCAGCACAGAUUACGUGUUUGAUGGUCGGAACCCACCAUACGGAGAAGACGACGCCCCCAACCCCCUGAACCUGUACGGACGCAGCAAGUUGGAGGGAGAGAGAGAGGCCCAGAGGCAUUGCCCCGACUGUGUGGUGCUGCGGGUGCCGAUUCUGUUCGGGGAAGUGGAGCGGGUAGAGGAGAGCGCGGUGACUGUUCUCUGGACCUUGGUUCUGGACUCGGCUCAGACCUGCUCGUUGGACCACACCCAACAGCGUUUCCCCACUGAGGCCAGAGAUGUAGCACGGGUCUGCAGCAACAUCUGCUCCAGACGCACACAGGACCCGUCUGUGCGUGGCGUGUUCCAUUAUUCGGCUCAGGAGCAGAUGACCAAAUAUGAAAUGGCCAAAGCCAUCGGCGACGCCUUCCACCUGCCCUCUGAUCACAUCGUCCCGUUGACGGCGCCCGGCCCAGGCCCCGCCUCUCGCCCUCUGAACGCACGCCUCGCCUGCUCGCGCCUCGAGCUGCUCGGCCUCGCCGUGGAGCCCCGCCCCUUCAGAGCCGCCAUCUUGGAUUGCCUAUGGCCAUUCACCCCUGACCGCCGCUGGAGGCAGACCGUCUUCCACUGAACUACUACUACUACUACUACAACAACUACUGCAUCUGCUACUAGUACUGCUACUGCUGCAAAUACUUCUACUAGAGAUUGACCAAUAUGUUUGUUUUUUUCAUGACUGAUGUCGAUAGUUUAGAGUCAGUGUCCGUGGAGCUCUGCUGUUGCGCAGGGCUGAUUUAGAUCAUUUUCUUCAAAUUCUGUCACUUAAAGGCCAGUAUGACUCUGAUAAUUUCACAGAUUUCUUCUCUCAAACAGAAAACACUGCAGCUAGAAUUAUUUGGAUAAUUUCACAUACUUCUGUUACUGUUGCAUCUAUAUCUACUGCUUCUGCUACCACUGCAAAUACUUCUGCUGCUACUAAGCAAAUACUAUUACCGUGAUUUACUUUAGGCUCUUGGCUCUUGACUAAAAUGUUUAAUUUCCAUUUUGGGUUUAAAUGUAAAAUGAUGCACUUCUGUUUAGUGAAGCAUGUCGUUUGUGAUUCAUGGAAUUUCAAGCUGAACUCAGGAACUCUCUCUGAAGUGUUGGUCCUGGUUUAGUCCCAGUUUAGUCCCAGUUUAGUCCCAGUUUAGUCUCUGUUUAGACCUGCUUUAGACUCUGUUUAAACUCGGUUUAAACCCGGUUUAAUCCCGGUUUAAUUAAUCUUAAAGUCUUAAUUUAGUUUAGUUUAGGCCUGUUUUAGACCUUGUUUAGUCCAGACACAACCAGAGGAAACGUGAGAACAGCUUUGAAACAGAAAAAGAAAAGAUUUUGUAGAUUUUUUUUGUUAAAAAAGUCAAAACAAAUCAUAGAAUAAAAAUCAUAUUGUUGAAAAUUUUAAAAUCUCCUUUUUUACUCACUUCACCUGUCUGUGUGUGGACGGGGACUCUUCACCUGUCCGUGUGUGUGGACGGGGACUCUUCACCUGUCCGUGUGUGUGGACGGGGACUCUUCACCUGUCUGUGUGUGAUCAUUGAGAUGCAGACCUCAGAACAUUUGAUUAAUUGCAGAUAAUUGAAUGCUGUUUUUGUAUGGACCCUGCCUCUGCUCUGGUCCUGCUCUGGUCCUGCUCUGGUCCUGCUCUGGUCCUGCUCUGGUCCUGGUUUGGUUAAUGGUCUGAUUUGAAUGUAGACUGGGUUUUCAUUUGUCUGACUGGCGUAAGACUCAGACUUUUACCCAAAUCGUGUCUAAAUGAAGCAAGAUGAACCAGUUUGGGAUCACAGAGGCAGGGUUUAAAAGAGUCCCCCCCAAAAUCCAGAACUCAAACCAGACUAGAACUGAACUCAUCUUGGACUCCAUCAUGUCAGGUAAGUUUGAGGAAUCCUGUUCUGCACAAGAACCACAGAGUAAUCAGACAGGUGCAGACAGGUGUAGACAGGUGCAGAGCUCUCAUUGUAUCCUGUUUUUAUUUUUCCAGAUGAAAAAGCAUCUCUCCUGCUUCUGAUCUCAAGUGAGUGUAGAAGUUGAGCCUAAACCAGAACUAAACCAGAACAAAACCAGGUCUAAACCAGGUCUAAACAGGACUAAACCUGGUCAAAACCAGGUCUAAACCAGGACUAAACCCGGUCAAGAACAGAACUAAACCAGGUCUAAACCAGAACAAACCUAGGUCUAAACCAGGACUAAAGCAAGACUAAAGCAGGACUAAAUCAGGUCUAAACCAGGACCAAAUUUGAUCUAAACCAGGGACUAAACCUGGUCUAUCCCAGUCUCUCUGCAGUGGGUCUAUGUGGGGUCCUGGCUGAUAUCCGAAGGACUUUCAUUUAUGUGGAGGAGAAGCUGAACUGGUCUCAGGCUGUGGACCGGUGCUUAGAGCAGGACUCAUUCUUGGCCUCGAUUCUGGACCUCCGUGAGAACUCUGAGGCCUCGCCCCCGAAGGACAAGUACUGGACCGGACUGAGCCGGGCCUGGACCUGGGCUCUGGAGGGGGACUCGGAAAGGGCGGACUCACACUGGACCCUGCACUGGGCGGAGAACGAACAGCUGGAGGGAAGGAACUGCACCUCCCUGGGGACCUUGGACCUCAAAUGGGUCUCCAAACUGCACCGUGAAGCUCAGAUACGCCUCCUGCUACAGCGGUGAGUCACCACGGGGGCGCUGCAGAGCUCUGGUCUGGCCCAUGGUCUGGACUGUGUUUUCUGUUGUGGAGGUGGACCAGAUGCAUCAUAUAAUCGAGGGGUCCAUGGACUGGGACGAGACUAGGGACUUGUGCCGGUCUCAGUUCACAGGCCUGAGCUCUGCCCGGGAUCAGAACCAGAUUCAAAACGUCUUUAAAGCGUUCCAAAACCAGCACCGGACCACCACCCCAGCCUCUACAACCACUAAAGCAGGUACCAUCGUGUAUGUCAGAUGCCCUCCUGUCUCUGUAGUGUUAGACUGAGAUGGGGGCAGAUGUUUUUGGUUGGAUGUAGGGGUAGUGUAGGAGGGUGGGAGGGCAUCUGACACUUGUGGUUAUGUCCUCAGGUCUGGACAGGAUCUGGAUUGGUCUGUCCUGGUGCUGGGCGUGGUGGGACCAGAGGCCGGUCUCGUGGAGUCACUGGGAUUCGGACCCUAAAGACUGGGGGCUGCAUGGUUCUGGACAGUGGAGGCAAGUGGAGCCAAGAGGACUGCACCAAGGAGCACGGAUUCAUCUGCCAGAAAGAUGUUGUGGAGAUGAAGUGGACAAAACUGAAGUUGCAUCUGAAUACAGGAUCUGCAGAUCUCACUGAUCCAGUGGUCCAACAGUCCCUCCUGAACCAGGAUCUCGUUGCAGAUUGGUGAGAGGCUGCAGAGGUCAGAGGUCACUGGAGUCAAACUGAGCUGGAGUCAGUGCAGAAAGGAUCCCUUUAACACAGCGCUCCCCACUGGCUGUGUGCUGAAGGUGCAGCCAUGAAGACGAGGAGGAGAGGAAGAGGAGAAGAGGAUGAGGAAAUGUCUGAAAUCUGUUUUAUUUACUUUGGUGUAUUUUGUAGUGAAUAGAGAUGUUCAGGACUAAACCAGGACUAAACCAUUUUCAGACUGAAAUGGGAACAAUAGUGAAAUUUACUGUGUAUCCAUUAGUUUAUUAUAUAUUUAUCUCUCCUACUCCUACUCUUCCUACUCCUCCUACUACUACUCCUCCUACUACUCCUCCUACUACUCCUACGUCAGUUUCUCAAAUGGAGAAUCAGUUGUAAUAAUGACUGAAUCAUUAGAAUACAGUUUUGUUCCUGUACAGUCUGUUUCAUAGAGCGUGUAUGGGAGCUAUACAUUCUGUCUAUAUGUGUAUGUUCCAUCUAAAACACUGACAUGUUUCAGUGUUUCAGUGGUCUGCAGGCUUCAGAGUGACAGUUCUUUGUACAGCUGUUACAGAGGCUUCAUGCUGUUUGUCAAAUUCAAUAAAGCACAAUACAACUACAGAAAAA